CACACACACACACACACACACAGUAUAUAAACCAGAGACUCGCAAAUGAAAUCUUCCAACAACAACAACAAAAAAGAAUGGACACUUUGGACACCAGAAGGAUAAAUGGGUGAUUUGUCAAUCGAGAGACGCCGUUGUUGUGUUUUUCUGAUAGAUCCUCUAAGGAGGUGUGUUUGAGGACAUUUUGCGGUUUCUUUUGGCACACCGAUGCCGGUGCUUCUGUAUGUCCAGCUUUAACACUUGCUGAUCCAGCGGACUCGAUUAUGUUCAUUGUGCCUUUAUCUACUUUUGGAAUAUCUGGAGAACUCUAACGCGACGCACACGCAUACAUUUACGCACACGCACACGCAUACCCUCACGCACACGCACACGCAUACCCUCACGCACACGUACGCGCGCGGCGUCAUGAAGUUCAAACCCAACCAGACGAGAACGUACGACGGUGAAGGCUUCAAGCAGCGAGCGGCGUGUCUGUGUUUCAGAAACGAGCGAGAGGACGAGGUGUUGCUGGUGAGCAGCAGUCGUCAUCCGGAUCAGUGGAUCGUCCCGGGGGGAGGAAUGGAGCCGGAGGAAGAGCCGUGUGGCGCAGCAGUGAGGGAGGUUUAUGAAGAGGCUGGAGUGAAGGGGAAACUGGGUCGACUCCUAGGUGUGUUUGAGCAUAAUCAGGACAGGAAGCAUCGCACCUACGUGUAUGUCCUGACCGUGACUGAGACUCUGGAAGCAUGGGAAGACUCGGUCAAUAUCGGUCGAAAGCGAGAGUGGUUCCCGGUGGAGGAGGCGAUAAAGAUCCUGCAGAACCACAAACCUGUUCAUGCAGAAUAUCUGAGGCACCUUCAGCUCAGCUGCUCCACCACCAACAAUGGCAACAUACUACUGCCUCCUCCACCUCCCAACGACAACACAACCCGCGCUGCUGCAUGCAGAUAGGACUGCCCACUCACUCACUCUUGUUUUUUUUUUUCUUUCUUUCUUUCUUUUUUCCCCCACACAUGCAUUCCCUCCAGGCUGUAAUCUCCCUGGAUCCCUGGAUCGGCUGAUUUUUAAAAACUGCUUUUGGUGCAAGGACUUUGUUACAAAUGCCUUAAAAAGGACUUUUUUUUUUUUUUUUUUUUUUUUUACCAUGCAGUUUGUUGUUUCUUUUAGGAUUUUUCUCUCACCUGCUUUAAUUAUGUCUAUUGCCACGGCUACGACUCGUGCUCUGCGUCUGUCAGCUUUGCAGACUGAAUUACCUCAACUACCCAGAUGCCCCCUGCAUAUACUGGGGAUAAUGAAACUGUUCUUUGGAACUGGUGCC